CCUUUUUAUUGGAACUCAUAACCAUCCACCUCUACCUCCAGAAAAAAUUCUAGUAAAUAUUAAAAAAAAUCUUCAAGCUUUAAUUAAUCAAGCUAUUAAUGAAAAUAAUAUUAUUACUCUUGACAAAUUUAAUCAA